CUUCACGUGGUGGAUGUAAACAAGCGGCUUACACAACUAAACUAAAGUGGUAAUUGGUAUGUCACAAGACAUAAGAUUUCUUGCAUGAUUUAAUCCAGAAACUUCAUUUUAUAUAACUUUUGAUGAAUAUUUUAAACAAGAGUAUAAAAUCAUCCGUUUUAUUUAAAUUUCAAACAAUUAACCAUUUGCAAGCAUCUGAGAAGUAUUUAGAGAUAAACAACAAGAUGACCAGUAUAUUGAAAACAGUAGGAUCUGCUGUGACCGGUAAAUUCCUGGAGAAACCAAAGUAUGAGAAAACAUCUACCAGUAGUUCUGAGGAUGGUGUAGAGGAAAGACAUUAUGAAGCAGCAAAGUGGGUUAGUACCAAAACAAUGGGCAUGAACCGUGAAGAAGCAGUGAGCGCUGGAUUUCAAAAACUGUUUAAAUACAUCACAGGAACUAAUGAAAACAAUCAAAAGAUAGAUAUGACUGCACCAGUAGCUACAAAGAUUCUCCCUGGAGCAGGUCCAAACUGUGAAAAUACAUUCACCACAUCUUUCUAUAUCCCACCUGAGCACCAAGACAAUCCACCAAAACCAACAAACCCUGAUGUGUUCAUAGAAGACAGACCAGCUAUGGAUGUAUAUGUUAAAUCUUUUGGAGGCUUUGCAAAAGAACAGGACUGGCUCUCUGAAGCACAAAAAAUGACUGAACAAAUUAAGGAUAAAACUACAAUAAAUCAAGACUAUUGGUUUACAGCUGGGUAUAAUAGUCCAUUUCAAUUGUUUGCAAGGACUAACGAAGUCUGGUUAAUCAAAAAUAAGGAGAAGGAAUAAAAAUGUUGAAUACAACUUAUCAUGAAUGUAACACUUGUUCAAUGGUGUUGUUUAAUUAUUGAGUUUAAACUAUCAGCAAAAAAAAUGUAACUACAUGUAUUUAGUAUUACAAAUUAUUUGGUAAGGAAAUCAUGUUGCUGUGUCUAACUCUAGUCUCAUUAGUACUCAGCCUUCAAAUCAUAUCAUCAAAUGCAAUCACAUAAAAAAAAAAUCGAAGGGGGAAUUAUCAAUUUUGUUUCACAAGAGCAAUAUAAACCAUUAAAUUUACAAAACUGUUAAAUUAAGAUUUUUAUAUAUAUAUAACAUAUUCUUGCAAACACUUUAAAAAUUAGCUCAUUACCUUAUUCUGAUUUCUGAUGAUAAUAAAAUCAUUCCUUCUUGUAAAUUCAGCAUGUGCACGUUAAAAGCAGGGCUCACCAUAAGAUAUUUAUGACCAUUUAUGUAGAACUUGAUAUAGAUAGUUUAUUUUUAAUAGUUUAAAUUUGUUUAGAAGUCAAUAUAUGUACGGGUAGAAAAAGGAAAAAUAUUACAAAUGGAAAUUAUUUAAAAAAAAUGAAAAUAGGCAAUCAUACAACCUGUUUAUUUAUUGUAAUAAGUCUGCAAUUGUUAAGCAGUUUUUGUUAUAUAGGUCAAAGGUUGAUGUCUUGUGUACUUUUCCUUUAUUAUAAAAUAAUGUACAAUGUAU